AUGGCGGCAGAUGCCAAGAUGGCGGCCGAGUACGAGAUGGCGGAUAGAGAACUGACAAAGGAAUCUCGUAGUGAAACGAGAUUCUCGUGCGUCAACGUGGUUGAACAAAAGAAGUCUCGUGGGGAACGAGAUUCUCGCACGAUAACGUGGUCGGACAAUGGAAGUCUCGUUUUUGAGAAACGAGAGUCUCGUGAUUGUGCUGUAGUAGUCAGGCGUCGAGUUGACUCGCGGGGUGGGUUACUUAGUAGGAAAGUCGCGAAACCUUUUGAACUAUCCGCCUUGGUACAUUGCAGGUAUGGGCGUUCUCUACAGAACCUUGGGAAAAAUGAGAGGCCUGUAGGAGAGGAAAGGCUCGGUGACUAUUUAGGUAGAAUUGGUCUUACACUCGUUCCGGAAAAACAAUUGAUGCAUAUUUCCGAUUUGAUCUGGAACAAUGUGGAGGCCGGAAGAAGUAAAGGUCACUUGGAGACGGACCCAAUGCUGGAGGGAGUAGCGUACUACCGGGAUAUUUCAUUGGUAGAUGGCUUGCCUGAUCGGAGGGAGCAUCGUACUGGAAUAUCUCGAACCGUAGUACACGAUGCGGAGCGUAAGUCACUGAUCGCAAAAACUUGCGGGUUCCCUGGGAUCGGAUGCGGCGCCUGGAAUUCGGUGGACGGAUUCCCGCGUCGGGGUUUAGCCCUCAGACCGGCGUGGAGUCGGCAUGUCGGCAUGGAGUCGGCAUAA